UUAAUUUAACGUUGGUGUGAAAAGUUCACGUCGCUUUCCAUCCCGUCGCCGAGCCGCGAUUGAUCGACGGAACGCGCUCUCGACGCGCAAUGCACUGUGGGAUUAAUGUCUAGGAGAUGAAAAUAUGAACGUUGGGGCUCUGCGAAGAAUCGUCUCUUUAUGGUCUCGCUCUCUCCUCUCUAAUCCCCCGAGCUCCUCCCCUCCGCGCGCGGAGAGCUUCAUUUGAUCCAAUCCUUUAACUUGGAGCGCAUCGCCGAAUCGCACUUUUCCCACAUCUGAACUGUGUGCGAUCCGUCGCACUGCAACUUGUAUGAGGACUUCCUAUCGAUAACAAACGACGAAAAGAAGAAAAGGGCAGAUAGGCGGACUGUACCCUGUUAUUAUAAUCAGCGAUGGAGAGAGGAUUUAGAAAUGGCAGGGGUAAUGUUAGCGCUUCCUGCACCCUGCUUUUGGCACUACUGUUCGCUUGGGUUCCGGUGACCAAAACGACGAUAACUUGCAGGUCGUGUCAGCUAGUUGAUAAGUGGAGCGGUCGGGAAUUGCUGGUGAGGAUGGACAGUGCCGUCUAUCCCGCAACAGGCUCUGCGCGUAAAGUUGGUGGCCAAAAUGGAGACGGUUCAGCGGCGCUGUUUAAUUCGCCUGGUGCUGAAACCGGGCAGGUUGACGGCGAGAUUCGCGUGCGAAAGCGGAAUACCGACAUGCUUCGCUCAAAUAAGGCGGCGGGAUCUGAAAAUAAUCAGGAGUCCGCGCACGACGAAGCCAAACUUUCCAACACCCCGCGAGUGUCUUCACAAGGCGCGCUCACAGGUUCGGUCCCUGUGGAUCUCAAGCACAGAGUGCGCAGAGUCGCGCGGGGACCUCUCUCACACGGCGCGCAGCGAAUCGAGCGCCCGCUGCCGGUUUUUGGCAAGGGCUCGGCGCGGGCUGCGCGCAGAGUCCCGCGCUCUGACUUGCGCUGGAACAGGGACGAUCGGAGACCGGCCACGUCGCGGCAAGAGGAGCUGAAACUCACCAGCUCUACCUUCGCAUUGACAGGGGACUCCGCGCACAACCAAGCCAUGGUGCACUGGUCUGGUCAAAACAGCAGCGUGAUCCUAAUGCUGACCAAACUUUAUGACUUCAACCUGGGAAGUGUGACUGAGAGCUCCUUAUGGAGGUCAACAGACUAUGGAACCACAUACGAGAAGCUCAACGAAAAGGUGGGAGUGAAAACCAUCCUCAGCUAUCUGUACGUCAGCCCCAACAACAAGCGUAAGAUCAUGUUGCUGACAGACCCAGAGGUGGAAAGCAGUUUGCUCAUCAGCUCAGACGAAGGCGCCACCUAUCAAAAAUAUCGUCUGAACUUCUACAUCCUCAGCCUGCUGUUUCAUCCCGAGCAAGAGGAUUGGAUCCUCGCCUACAGCCAUGACCAGAAGCUCUACAGCUCUGUGGAGUUCGGCCGUCGAUGGCAGCUCGUCCAUGAGCGCGUGGCGCCAAAUCGAUUCUACUGGUCUAAACUGGGCCUUGAUAAAGAGCCAGGCCUGAUCCAUCUUGAGACCACCAUCUCAGAAACCCAGGCUCUUUAUGUCACAUGCAAAGUUCAGAACUGCACAGACGCCAACAAAGGCAAACCAUUUCCCGGAUACAUUGACGCCAACUCACUUGUGGUCCAAGACGAAUAUGUAUUCGUACAGGUGUCAACCGGUGGUCGUCCAAUCUACUAUAUGUCAUCCAGACGUGACGUGUUUACUCCCAUGAAGCUUCCCAAAUACACCCUUCCGAAGGAUCUGCAUGUGAUCGGCACGGAUGAGAACCGCGUUGUGGCAGCAGUUCAGGAGUGGAACCAAAAUGACACUUAUAACCUGUAUGUGUCGGAGUCUGGAGGCGUUUACUACACGCUGGCUUUGGAGAACGUCAUGAGUAGCAUGGGUCCCGAGGGAAAUGUCAUGAUAGAUCUAUAUGAGGUGGCAGGGAUUAAAGGCAUGUUCCUGGCUAAUAAGAAGAUAAAUAAUGAGGUGAAGACAUAUAUAACCUAUAAUAAAGGCAGAGACUGGAGGCUCCUACAGGCCCCGUCGGCUGAUCUCAGAGGGAAUGGCGUCCAUUGCAUUCUGCCGUACUGCUCCUUGCAUCUUCACCUGCACGUAUCAGCAAACCCCUACACGUCUGGAAAUAUAGCCAGCAGAGAGUCGGCCCCUGGAAUCAUAGUGGCGUCAGGUUCAAUAGGUGCAGAGUUAACAAGCACCAACGUUAGCAUGUUCAUCACAUCCGACGCUGGAAACACAUGGCGACAGAUAUUUGACGAAGAGUACAGUGUGCUUUAUCUAGACCAGGGUGGAGCUUUGGUGGCUAUUAGACACACCCCUCUUCCCAUCAGGCACCUCUGGUUGAGUUUCGAUGAGGGACGGGUCUGGAACAAAUACAGUUUCACCUCAUCGCCCCUGUUUGUGGACGGAGUGCUGGGGGAACCGGGCGAAGAGACGCUUAUUAUGACGAUCUUUGGACACGUCAGUCAUCGCUCAGAAUGGCAGCUGGUUAAGAUAGACUUCAGGUCUAUCUUCAACAGAAGAUGCGUGGAGUCUGACUAUGUGCAGUGGAAUUUGCAUGACCAGGGUGAACACUGUCUCAUGGGAGUGAAAAGGGUCUACCGAAAGUUGAAGGCCACUGCGAGGUGUGUUAUGGGUAAAACCUACUCCGUCACGAUGAUUUCUGAUCACUGCGCCUGCACUGAAUCCGACUUUGAGUGUGAUUAUGGUUUCGAGAGAAGAAGUGAUGGUAAAUGUACUCCAGCAUUCUGGUUCUCCCCUUCCUCCAUGUCUCGAAGCUGCACAACAGAACACACGUUCCUCAACAGCACCGGGUAUAGAAAGGUAGUGUCUAAUAACUGUACAGGUGGGGUGAUUGAGCAGUACACAGCCCGAAGGCAGGUGUGCCGGAGCCAGGCGCCCCGCGGUCUUCAUCUAGUGACCAGUGAAGGAAAGCUAACCGCUAGUCUUGCUAACAACGUCACCUUUCUCGUCUUUCUGGAGGAGGGCGAUGGAUCACGAACCAGCAUUACUGUGGAUUUCGGUGACGGAAACGCCUUCACCUACUCCAACGUGAGCUCUAUCGAGGACGGGAUUAAGCACAUCUACAAGAAUGUGGGAAUCUAUCGCGUGUCAGCUAUGGCGGAGAACAGUCUCGGCUCUGAAAGCGCCCUCCUCUUUCUCCACGUUACGUGUCAACUGGAGUCCAUUCACCUCUCAGCCCCAUUUGUUGCUGUGAAAAAUAAAGAAGUCAAUCUGACGGUCGUUCUCUGGCCGAGCCAAGUGGGAACGGUCACCUAUAUCUGGUGGUUUGGGAAUAACUCCGAGCCCGUGAUCACGCUGGAGGGGAGUGUGGCGUUCACGUUCUCCCGAGAGGGAAUCAAUGUUGUCACCGUACAGGUGUCUGCUGGGAGCAACAUCCUGCAAGACAGAAAAACCAUCGCUGUUCAUGAAUACUUCAGAUCUCACCUUCUUGCCUUUUCAUCCAAUCUUGACGAUCACAACCCUGAUGUGGCUGAAUGGAGACUCGAUGUCAGUCGAGUCAUUAAAAACUCAAUGAUGCAGGCGACAGGUGUGAGUCCAGAACAGCUGUUGGUCACUGUUCUGCCUGGACUGCCAACAGCAGCUGAGUUUUUCCUGUUACCAGACAAAGAGGUGACAGAAGGGAAGCCAGACAAAACGGCGGCAUAUUUAGACCAGCUCUCAGAACUGGUCCUCAGUGCUUUGAAUCAGAAUCUGGUUCAGUUCACACUCAGACCAGGAGUCCAGAUCACAGUAUAUGCUGCCCAUUUAUCAGCAGCGCCUCUAGUGGACACAAGUGAGAACCACAGUGGCUCUGCUAUGCUCAUGCUCCUCUCUGUGGUCGUGGCGGGUUUAGCAGUGUUCCUCAUCUAUAAAUUCAAAAGGAAGAUCCCAGGCCUCCACCUCUAUGCAGCGAUGCAGGACGAAAAAGAACAAGAAAUGAUCCAGAGUCCAGUGAGCCCAACUGACAGCACACCCAGCUGCAGUUCUCAAAGAGAACUGCUCACCUCACUGGAGCCACUGGACCCCGAGCCCAGCACCCAGGUCAUCGAAUGCAUCAAACCUCAUCCACAUGUCAAAUUCUCAUCAGAUCUUCCUACAUACAUGGACGUUUGAACUCUGGACUCCGUCAUGUUUAAAGACUUUGAUCAUGCGGACACAAAGGUUUCAAGCUUUAUUUAGUACUCAUGCAUGUUGGACAUUAUGUUUACUGUGCUCUGUGAAUACUAGAACAAACUUUGUACAGCUUUUUAUACGUCUGUGUAUUCAAUAUGAGAACAUUUUUGAUGCCGUUUAUUUCUAAAUAUCACCGGUAUGUACAGAGUUAGCAGGAACAACCGGCAUGUGCAAGGAUGAAAAAGGGUGGGGAAAGUUAAUCUUGGUUUCUCGUAAGUGUCUUCUCAUGUUAUUUCUAACAGUGGCAGUACGGUAUUCAUGAGUGGAACAUGAAUACGUGACUUUUUAGAAAUGGUUUAAAAAUAAACUACACAUUUGUUAAUAAUUUCAGUCAAAUGAAACAUGGGUUUCAUUUUGUGUAACUAUGUAAAACAAAGAUGAUGAUUUUACUACUAAAAUUCAAUGUAUUUCCUUUUUGCAAUUUUGACUUAAUUUCUAAGUUAAAUUCAUCAUGUGUCGCUAUUUUGUUAUAACUUGGACUGUUGGUUUACAGGUACAUAUCAGUUCAAAUCAAAAUAUACUGUGUGAACUGAAUUGGUGUCCUUCAGACAUCAUGGCCAAGCGGGUAACAAUAAUAUGAACUCCACAAGACCCGUUUCACGCUUGAUGUUAAAUUUAAUCACAGGGGGUUACAUGAUACAAAAUUUAGCAAAUGUACACGCCGCAUGAUGUUUUAAUGCUUUUAUAAUCACUGUCAUUUUACGCGUAAAUUGUACAGGCUGACGGAUAUGAAUGUAUGAAUGUGUAAGUAAAUGUCUUAAAGGUCCAGUGUGGGUUUUUUAGCGACAUCUAGCAGUAAGAUUGCAAAUUACAACCAACCUCAAUUUCGAACGCAAAGAGAAGCUACGGAAGCUGCCACAGGACAUGUCGUAGUCUGAGACAACAUAGGGACGAAACAAGCUCUGUAAAACAGUUUGUCUGUUUAGGGCUACUGUAGAAACAUGUGUAUGUAGAUAAAAACGGUUCAUUCUAAGGUAAUAAAAACAAUACAGUUUAUUAUGUAACGACUUUAUAUACCACUGAUAAUAUGGUUAUGUAUUGAAUUUCUGUUAAUAGAUCCUUCUAAAAGUCCCACGUUGCACCUUUAAAACAUCUGUUUAUAGUAAACAACAGCCACACAGUAAAGCUAGUAUUAAAAUACAGACAUGGUACUGAGAUUUAAGAACUGGGAAUAACUCGGUACCAUUACAGUGCCAAAAUAAUUAUAAUAUAUAACACUUUAUAUAUUAGGCCAUGACAUCAUCCAUGCACUAUUUAUGACAUCAUAUAUCCAAUAACUUUGUUUAUAACUUUAUUUUAGAUUGUUGCCAUUUCCACUGUCUUCAUUUGAUUUGAGCUAUAGAUUAUAAUAUGGCUAUACGUUUUCCAAAUACCAAUGAAUGUAUAUUAUGCUUAAUACUGAAUUGCCAGUAUAUCGACGACUGCAUGUUUAAAAUAGAGCUUUGAAUUUUUUUCUUGAAUUUUCCCUCAUAUUUUUUAAGCUGUAAGCAUCUCACAGAUGUAGAAGAUAUGAAUCAUUUUGAUAAAUAGGUCAUUAUGGAUACGAUGGAUACGAUCACAAAAGAGAUUAUAUUUUCAUAACGUCAUAAGCUCAAUGCUCUGAUGCCGUCUUAAACAUAUGAGACGACAGGUGAUGCAACUUAACCCUAAGUUGAAACUGAGUGCAGGGGAUUGUGGGUAUGGGGAGGGGCCAUAAAGAGGACAAUAGCAAUACGAUUAAAGAGUUUGCCCUGAAUUGUCCACUGAAGAUAAAAACGAUACAUAAGUUAUUCGGGGCACACGUAAAAGAAGAAAUUAAGUCCUAAUUUAACUUUAUCAAAUUGGGUUUUCCAUUCGGAUCCGGGAAUAAAACAGGACACUUUAUGAGCUUUGAAUGGACAAACUGUGGCAGCCAGGAAAUCAAAGUCCAACGCUGACACUUCUCUCUCUUAAGAGUAAGGAAGAUUAUUUUUGUAGAAGACAAGAGUUUUAUUACUGUAAAGAUUUUAUAUAUAUAUAUAAAUAUAAAUAUAAAUAUAUAAACGAUUUUAGCUGUGUAUGUUUGAUGUUUUUUUUAAUCUUUCUUUGACCUCAGCUCUGUGCUACGUGCAAUUGUUUCUGUUUAGUGAAAUCGUAUUUAUUAAAUUAAAAUGAGUCCCUGUUACUGUGUUUUGAUUUUCUUACAGUAUUUGUAAAAACUGUAAUUUGCUCAAGUCAUAAAAAAUAAAGUAUAAAUCAAAAAUUCA